GUCAACUGCUGGGGAAUGUGGGCACCCCGGUGCGUCCGGAGGGUGCAGCGAGGUGUAGGCAGGGGCAGGGGGAGUGGGCGAAGCUGCUGGUUGGUGCCUGAAAUCUGUGCGUUGCCCCUUUAAUUGUGUCCCCAGCCCUCGGGCGUUUCUGUCCAACGCCCACGUCAGCAAAUACCUUUUGUUUCUCUCACGCUGGGGCUACUUGUUUUAGGGCGCAAGGGAACGGCUUCGAAAGUGGGUAUUUCCCCCUGCUGAGAACCAGGAAUCUUCCCCCAGCCCGCGCGCGCGACCCGCCGCGGCCCGCGAUUUUAAUAUCAAGGUCCAGGAUAAAAAAUAAAUAAGACAAUCCUUCAUACACAGACAAACACUUGGAAUCUCCCCUCCUUUACUUCAUUCAGUUGACUUAGCAGGAUUUCCAGAGCAGCAUUCGUAAAUUUUGAGGAUGGAGAUCUCUUCUCAUCAGUCUCACCUCCUGCAACAAUUGAAUGAGCAGCGCCGGCAAGAUGUAUUUUGUGAUUGCAGUAUUCUAGUUGAAGGGAAGGUCUUCAAAGCGCAUCGAAAUGUGUUGUUUGCUAGUAGUGGCUAUUUUAAAAUGCUUCUUUCUCAGAAUUCAAAGGAGACAAGUCAGCCAACCACAGCUACAUUUCAGGCUUUCUCCCCAGACACGUUUACAGUUAUCCUGGACUUCGUCUAUUCUGGCAAACUGUCUCUUACUGGGCAGAAUGUCAUAGAAGUGAUGUCAGCCGCUAGCUUCCUUCAGAUGACUGAUGUGAUUAGUGUCUGUAAGACCUUUAUUAAAUCUUCAUUAGACAUUAGUGAGAAAGAAAAAGAUCGCUAUUUCAGUCUCUCUGAUAAAGAUGCCAAUUCUAAUGGCAUAGAACGUUCCUCUUUUUAUGGCGGUGGCUGGCAAGAAGAAAGCAGUUCUCCACAUUCCCACCUAAGCCCAGAACAAGGGACAGGUGUGAGUGGAAAAUCCUGGAGUAAGUAUAAUUACCAUUCAGCCUCCCAAAGGAAUACUCAGCAGCCUUUGGCCAAGCAUGAACAAAGGAAAGAUUCCAUUAAAAAGUCCAAACAUUUGAGGUUGUCCCAGCCUUCUGAAGUUGCCCAUUAUAAGUCAAGCAAACGAGAAGCACGGACAUCUGAUUCUUCCAGCCAGAUUUCCCAGUCUGAAGAACAAGCACAAAUUGGUGCUGAAAUAGACUCUACUCCUAUUGGCUAUCCAUAUGGUCAAGGAUCUGAUGUCACCUCCAGAAGUUUCCCAGAUGAUCUGCCUAGGAUGCGAUUCAAAUGCCCAUACUGCACACACGUGGUGAAGCGGAAAGCAGACCUCAAGCGCCAUCUUCGUUGUCACACAGGAGAAAGGCCCUAUCCAUGUCAAGCUUGUGGGAAAAGAUUUAGCAGGCUAGACCAUCUAAGUAGCCAUUUUCGAACAAUUCACCAGGCAUGCAAACUUAUCUGCAGAAAAUGCAAACGCCAUGUGACUGAUCUAACAGGGCAAGUGGUACAGGAAGGAACCAGGCGCUACAGACUCUGUAAUGAGUGCCUUGCUGAAGUUGGCAUAGACAGCCUCCCCAUUGAUUUGGAAGCUGAACAGCAUCUUAUGUCCCCUUCAGAUGGAGACAAGGAUUCCAGAUGGCACUUGAGUGAAGAUGAGAAUAGAUCAUAUGUGGAGAUUGUAGAGGAUGGGUCUGCUGAUCUGGUCAUACAACAGGUUGAUGAUAGUGAAGAAGAAGAAGAAGAAAAAGAAAUAAAGCCCAACAUUAGGUAGCUGUAAUAUGGACCACUAGAGCUGGAAUGUCUGCAACUUAGAUUGACUUCCUGUCUCUCUCUAUUUCCGUGGUCAGAGACAGAUUUAUCAGACUGACUGAAAAGUAAUGACCUGAUACAACUUGCAUGCUUUCUGGUUAGGCCAUUGUAUCUGCUCUGAACUUUGUUGCCCUGAAAUGUGUUGCUGCGCUGUAAGAAAGAUGUAGCUGGAGUUGGCGUGAUAGCUAAACAAGUCAUCUUUAAUGAAUUUAUUAAAGAGA